AUGCGGUCAUUUUUUAAGAAACCUUCAUGGGCAAGCCGCGGGGACGAAAACUCAACAUCCGAAUUUUACCGUCGCGCUGGACAAGUCUACGAGGACAUAAUCAUUGCGAACAAAGAGGCCAGGGAAAACUCGAUCCGUUGCAGCAGUGAAACUUUUACAAAUCGCGGUCGGGCAAAGAAACGCCGUCGUCUUUCGGAUGAGGGAAUCCCCCAGGGAAACACACCCCCAGAAUCUGAUGACCAACCGAGACAUAUUCCCGAGCCUAGAGACGGGCAAGAAGUGGUAUUGUUGACAUACCGAACCCACUCAUCGGGUGUCUCAGGGGAGGGAAGCAGUGGCAGCGAGCAACAAGUGGGGAAGAAAGCUACUCGUGAUGCUAGCACUACUAACCAGGCUAAUCACACUGGAUUAGAAUGUGAACGUGUGCUGGUCUCACCAUGCCUCCAGGAGCUGGAUAUAGGAUCCCCUUCUUGUAUUGGAUCCUGUAUUAGCGCUGGAAGAUCAGUCCAGCAGUAUGGAGACAACCUGCAGAUGACCCCCAAAUCUGAUUCUGCGCAAUGCUCCGAUCCCAAGGACAAAGAUGUGAUUGUGCAGAUUCUCAUCACUUCACAGCUAGCAAAGACAAAACCACUUAUCAUACACAGAAGAAUGUCACAGUCUUUGCGCGAUGUCCGCUUGGCAUGGUGUAAACACCAAAAUUUGUCAGCAGAAGUACAAGCAUCCAUUUAUCUCACCUGGAAGGGUAGAAGACUAUUUGAUGUUACAACGUGUAAGAGUCUUGGACUCACCACGGAAACAAAUCCAUUUGAGGGCGAUGAUGAGAUGAGCGAUUGUAUACCAAUUGAUAGCAGACACAUGCGGGUCCAUAUGGAGGCUAUCACGGAAGAGCUUGUCGCCCAAAAUGUCCGAUCUCUUUCGACCAUGGCGCACUCGCAAUUGAUGGAGCCCACCCCCGGACAAGCGAGUUUGACCAGAAUUAUCAUGAAGUGUCCUGGCUACGAGAAUUUGGAGAUGGAAGUCGAUUCAAAUGCGCGCGUCUCGCAGCUCAUGAAAGCAUUUCGCCAUGCGAAUAGUAUUGCCGCAGAGCAAGAUAUCUAUCUAGUAUUCGACGGAGAUCGACUCAGUCCUGAUUCAAGACUGGCAGAUUAUGAAAUCACAGAUGAUGAUUUAAUAGACGUUCUAAUUCGAUAA